CAACAUACUUUAUAGUUCAGAUACACACAGAGUAUAUUAAAGCUGCAGUCCGUAACUUUUGGCACUCUAGCGGUUAAUAAACAGAACUGCAUGCAUCUUGCUGAAGAACAUUGUAGCCGGAGCUACUUCUCUCUGUUUAUGUCUAUGACGAGUCACACAAGUACUGUGCUACUCCGCAGUGAUACGACUUGAACCAGUCUAAAAUAGUCCGAAUAUAAACACUUUUUAUAGGUGUACCGUAGUUAUUCAAGAUAAGACAAAAACACGGUUUGGAAAACGGAUUCAUGAUGUACUCGCUCAUUAUAUAACCUUUGUCAAUUUUAAACAAAAAAGUUACGGACAACAGCUCAUGAAAAUGUAACAGUCAUAGCAAUAAUAAGAAUCUUCUUGUCAUUAAACUGAGUUGCAGCAGAUUUGAAGUUCCCAGCAUGCUUUGCGUCACUCUCUGUAAGGGGGAAUAAAUGUUGGAAUUGAGUGUUAUUUUGUGUGUUUUUGCACAAGAUUAAUACAGGGGAAGAUAUCUUAUUGUUUAAUUUUCUGUUAUUUUGGUAUGUGAAGGUGUUUCUGUGAUGUUUAAGUUUUUUGUUACCAUCGUGGUAAAGAGUAGUGCCUGUGCUUAGGUUGAGAAUGUAAAGACUAGAUGUUAGUUUAUUCAAUAUUUCAAUUAAAUUGUAAAUACUGAAUUUGUGUGAUAUAAAAUAGUCUUUGAGUUAUUUAUGUAAGUGUUUUGAGUAUUCUGAAUUGGGUUUUACAGCCACUGCAUCAAAAUAACUGAAAAACAAGAAACAUUACAUAUGGUAAACAAUAGUUUUAAGUACAGUGGACUUAAACAUUACUAAAACUAAAAUUAAAAAAAUUCAAUUUGACUUAAAUGUGAUUGUGAUUUAUAAUAAUUCUUUACCUAAAAGAUUUGAGUUGCUUAAAUUUUUUGAGGUAAUUGGUGUCUACAAUAAUUUUGAGUAGUAUUACAGUAACAUGCUGUAAAAAAGCAUGUUUUUUCAGAGGGCUGUAAAUUAACAGUACAUUACUGGCAACCACAGCUGCCAGUAGAUUACCGUUGUUUUACAGCACAUUUUUUUUACAGUGCAGAAGUGACCAAAACCUGACAAAAUCUCCAAAAACCUCUGUUUAUUGAUGUCCUCAUUUGUAAAAAUAGCAUAAAAAUAAAGUAAUUAAGUUUUUUUAAAAAUGUAAAAAUGCAGAAAGUUUUCUGUGACAGGUAGGUUUAGGGGAAGGGUUAAAUUAAAUAGUUUCUGUCCACUUCCUGCUGUGAAGUGUUCUUUUUCAUGAUGUCUUUUCAUGACAUAGUUGAAUAUUAAAAGUUCUGUACAUGGAAAUGACAUACAGUGAGCCUCAAACACCGUAGUUUCCUCCUUCUUAUGUAAAUCUCGUUCGUGCAAAAGACCACUGAAAAACAGGCGAAUGUCAACAUAACACAGACUGUGAUGCAACAGUCGGGAUCAUUAAUAUGUAUGCCCCCAACUUUUGCAUAUACCAGUCCAUGUUCAAGGCAAGGCAGUAUUAAAGGGUUAGUUCACCCAAAAAUGAAAAUAAUGUCAUUUAUUACUCACCCUCAUGACGUUCCAUACCUGUAAGACCUUCGUUAAUCUUCGGAUGUCACAGUUCCCUUGUCUCCCGGACUCCAUUUCCCAUGAUCCUCCUGUCUCCACUCCUGUUUGCACUUCCCUCAUCAGUCUUCCCGCCAUCUCCCCGGAUUCCCAGCACCUGUUGUCCUCGUCAGCACUCCCUUUUAGUUGGACUCACUCCUUGCACUCCUGGUCCGUUCUUAAUGUUAUGUUAUGUACUAUGUGUUUGGUGUUCUCCUCCAUAGUUCAUUAAAGUGCCUGUUAUUGUGGAUUUCCUUGUACUGCCUCGUCUCUACACCAGCACCGGUAACAGAAGAACGGACCAAACCGCUGGAGAUCCACUGACUACGAUGGACUUAUUCAUCGUCUCCCAAGCUCCAGCUUCUCCCAUGCCUCCCACAUCUAUGUCGGCUGCGGACCGCCUCAUUGGACUCCUGCAGGACGGACGUUCGCUCGAGAGGUAUAUGGAGGAGUUUGUCGAGUUAGCCUUUUUGACGAAUUGGUCAGACGCUUCGUUAAACACCCUUUUUCUGGACGGACUGGACGAGAGCACAAUCCGUUUUGAUGAACCUGACAAUUAUGUUUCCUUAAAUGAGACUAUUAAUCUGAUUUUGUAUUUAAAUGGUUCUGAGUUCGUUGUCGAAGAGGUUCCGGAUAUUCCGUGCUUUUCUCGUCCAGUUCCUCCAGAAACACGGGUGGCCUGGCCAGUUCGUCAGUCUCCAUCUUCCUCCACAUACCCCUCCGGUGAACCGUUUCCCUGUGUCCUGCCGGGUUUACAACACUCUAAGUCCAAGCGGUCCAUGAGGAGGAAGAGGAAGAAGGCCAAGCAGCCCCAGUUUCCUGAGAUUUCUGCCUCCGUGCAGCCCCAGUUUCCUGAAUUUUCUGCCUCCGUGCAGCCCCAGUUUCCUGAAUUUUCUGCCUCCGUGCAUCCCCAGUUUCCUGAAUUUUCUGCCUCCGUGCAUCCCCAGUCUACUGAUUUUUCUGCCUCCGUGCAGUCCCAGUUUCCUGAGUUUUCUGCUGCAAAUCAGCCCAAAAGUCCAGUUUUAGAAGAAAAGGACUGGUUAAUAGACUUUUGGGUUGAACCAGCUCCAGCCGCCGCCGCCGAGCCAGCCGCCGCCGCCGCCGAGCCCUCUGCUCCAUCCGCCGCCGCCGAGCCCUCUGCUCCAUCCGCCGCCGCCGAGCCCUCUGCUCCAGCCGCCGCCGCCGCCGAGCCCUCUGCUCCAGCUGCCGCCGAACCCACUCCGGUAGCCCGCAAGCCCUUUGAACCCCUGAGUCUCCCAAAAUAUUUUUUUUGGGGGGGAAGGGUAUCUGUGGGUGGGAAAGAUGGGGGUGGGCUCGGAGACCCGCCGUGGCCGUCCAAGGCUCCUGACCCUCCGUGGCCUGCCAAGGCUCCUGACCCGCCGUGGCCUUCCCUGGCCCCGGACCCGCCCUGGAUACCUCCGCACCCGCCUGCACCCCCCGCACCUGCCUGUAGGUCUCCAGGGCGCCCACCCCCCCUCCCCGCUGUUUCCAUCUGAGGCGUGAGGACACGCCUUCCGGGGAGGGGGAGGUAAUGUCACAGUUCCCUUGUCUCCCGGACUCCAUUUCCCAUGAUCCUCCUGUCUCCACUCCUGUCUCUCACUUCCCUCAUCAGUCUUCCCGCCAUCUCCCCGGAUUCCCAGCACCUGUUGUCCUCGUCAGCACUCCCUUUUAGUUGGACUCACUCCCUGCACUCCUGGUCCGUUCUUAAUGUUAUGUUAUGUACUAUGUGUUUGGUGUUCUCCUCCGUAGUUCAUUAAAGUGCCUGUUAUUGUGGA